GGCGGGGCGUCGCGAGCGAGCGCGCGGGAAGGGGCGCCCGUGUCCCCCCAGCCGCCAUGGAGGUGAGCCACUCGGUGAAGGAGCGCACCAUCGCCGAGAACAGCCUGGUGAUCCUGCUGCAGGGGCUGCGGGGCCGCGUCACCACGGUGGAGCUGCGCGACGAGAGCGCGGCCGCGGGGCUCGUCACCAACGUGGACGCCUUCAUGAACGUGCGCCUGGCCGAGGUGACCCUGACGGACCAGCACGGAGCCGUGUCCCACCUGGACGAGCUCUUCGUCACCGGCAGGAACGUGCGCUACGUGCACAUCCCCGACGAUGUGGACAUCAGGGCCACCAUCGAGGAGCAGCUCCAGGCCAUCCACAGGGUGCGCUUCUUCGGGGGCCGUGACAAGGGGCGCAGGGAGUUCUCUCAGGCCAAGGACAAGUGAGGUGGAAGUGCAAGGAUGGGCCCAGGAUGAACCUGCCCCUUUGAUGGACUGCCACACCAGACAUCCUGCCCAAGGACAUCCCCCCCCAGGGACUCUGCGCUCUGCUGCUCCCAGGGCCGGUGCCUGUGGAGGAGCAGGGAUGGUUUUUGUAAUGAAUAAGCCCCAAUAACCCUGUUGAAAAGGC